AUGUUGAAGAAUCUCCGUCAUAGUCUCCCCAAAUUCACUCACAGCUAUAGAGCCCAAAAUUUCCAUGUCUUCUCUCCCCUCCUCUUCCUCAGCUCUUCCGCCUCCAUAACACAGCAACUCCGACAGAGUUGGAAGAGAAAGACCGAAACUAAACAGCUGACCAAGAAUAAACACCUCUACCAACAAGAGCCCCUGUGGUGGGAAGAAGACCGCCACACUCAUGAACCACAAGUAAGGGAGCUUCGGAUGCUCAUAGAGAAGGGUCGCCUUGUCUCCGUUCGAUCUUCACUUACGCAUCUCAUCCUCUCGAAACCCAAACACCGAUCCCCUCUAUCCUUGUUGGGUUCUCGUCUGGAUCUCUUCCGACUUUUCGCCGUCUCCUCCCCUUCCGUCGCACCCGCUUUCUCUGAUCUUCUCCUGUCCAUAUGCGCCGACUUGAAGAUGCCAAAGGAAGCGGCAGAGGUGCUAAUGUGUAUGAAGGGAAAAGGGAUCUCUUCAUCGCUCGCAUCCUUCAACCGCUUACUAGCGGCCCUGGUUUCUGCGGGACAUUUUGAUGAAACCCUCCGGUUGUUCUCGGAGAUUGUCGAUUCUGGAAUUCUUCGUCCCAAUACCUUCACUUAUAACAAAGCUAUUCAAUCAGCGGUCACAUUGAGGGACUGCAACAGAACUCUCCAACUCUUGGAUUCUGCGGAAAGGAGUCGGGUGAGGCUGGACACAUUUACAUAUAACGUCGUCAUUCGUGGGUUAUGUAGGGAGAAGCGAAUGGAAGAUGCAAACAACAUGCUUGCUGAAAUGCUCAUGAAAAAGGUCGUACCUAAUCGAGUUACCUUCAAUACGCUUAUCUAUGGCUACUGCAAGGUGGGUAAUUUAGAGGAGGCUUUUAGAGUUCGAGACCGGAUGAAGGUCCGGGGUUUGUUCCCAAAUCUCGUUACCUUCAAUUCAUUGGUUAGUGGGCUUUGUCAGGCUCAACGGAUGGAGGAGGCAAGGCAGCUUCUGAAAGAGAUGGAAACCCAUGGCUUUGUCCCGGAUGGGUUUACCUAUGCCAAUCUUUUCAAUGGGUACUCAAGGUGUGGUGGCACUGAAUCCGCUGAUGCUUCAUUGGCCCUCUACAGAGAAAUGAGCACCAAGGGGGUUCAGCUCAACGACUACAACUGUAGUAUUUUGUUGAACAUACUUUGCAAGGAAGGGAAGAUGACUGAGGCUGAGGAGGUCCUAAAGAAUCUGAGCUUCACUCUGAACACUGUGAUGUAUAAUACAGUCGUAUGGGGAUACUGUCUUCUUGGUGACAUGAACAGAGCUCUUUCAACGGUUCAUCGAAUGGAAACUAUUGGGUUGAGGCCAAACUGCAUUACUUUCAAUCAUCUUAUUAGCAGGUUUUGUGAUAGUUACAAUAUGGUCAGAGCAGAGGAAUUGGUGAGGGAUAUGAUGGUUAGGGGAAUUCUCCCAAACUUAGAGACUUAUAAUACACUAAUUGAUGGCUAUGGUCGGGUGCAUCAUUUCGAGAAAUGUUUUCAGAUUCUCAAAGAGAUGGGAGAGAAGGGGUUCAAACCCAAUGGCGUGAGCUUUGGCACCCUUAUAAGUUGUUUGUGCAAGGAAGGUAAUCUUCUUGAAGCAGAAACACUCCUUAGGGAUAUGGAAAGUAGAGGAGUUUCACCCAACGUGCAGGUUUAUAACAUGCUUGUUCAUGGCUACUCUAGAGUGGGUAAAGUGCAAGAUGCUUUCAGAUUGUUUCAUGAAUUGGAAGAUGUGGGGAUAUCUCCAACUCUUGUAACCUACAAUUCUUUAAUAAAUUGCUUUUGCAGAGGAGGGGUGGUUUCAGAAGCAGAAGAAUUAGCUCGAAUGCUAAGAGGUAAAGGUCUUAGUCUUGAUGUGAUCACAUACAACUCCCUAAUUGCAGGCUACACUCGUGCUGGAAAUGCCCAGAAAGCUCUAGAGCUAUACAGAGAUAUGAAGUUAUUAGGUAUAAAACCUACUUUAAGAACUUAUCAUGCCUUGAUUAGUGGAAUUAGCAUGGAGGGAAUGGUGCAAGAAGCAGAUAGAAGGUAUCAAGAAAUGUUGGAGAACAAUCUAACUCCUGAUCAGGUUGUUUAUAAUGCACUAAUUCACUGUCAUGCAAAAUAUGGAGAUACCCGAAAGGCAUUUGUUUUUCACCAGGAGAUGGUUGAGAAGGGAAUGCAUCCUGACAAUAUGACUUAUACUAACUUGAUGAUUGGGUACUUUAGGGAUGGGAAACUGGAAGAAUCAAAUGAUCUUAUUGUUGAUAUGAAGGCCAAAGGGUUAGUGCUUAAUGCUGUCACAUAUAAUACGCUAGUCAAGGGACACUGCCAACUGAAGGAUUUCACUGGAGCUUAUCAAUGGUGUAAAGAAAUGUUUGAGAAUGGUUUUCUUCUCAGUGCUUAUACUUGCAAUGAACUUAUUACUGGUCUCAGAAAGGAGGGUAGGUUGCAAGAGGCCCUGCAUGUUUGUGACACAAUGAGGGAGAAAGAAGUGCAUGGUUAGAGCAGUGUUGUUGUGAAUAUACAGUGGAUUGGUUAUUUAC